AUGCCUUGCAGCAAUUGUCUUGAGACCGCAUGUAACGGCUGCGCAAAUUUCCUUCCGGGGCAAUUCGGGGCUCCAUCGUUGCCGGAGGAGAUGCUGGGCCAUCCCCCCUCCAUUAUUGACUACUCCAUUUUGGACGGCGCAGGACUCGACUUCUCGGACGACCUGGCAGCAGGCCAGAACCAGCAGAUGAUGUUACCGCCUGCUCAACCCUCGCACCCUCCCACCGUCACCCCUACGCAGCUCCACCGGCCGAACUUUGAGGUACCGGGGCAGUCGUUUACAUUGAAUGCAACGCAGCCGUCCGCACCUCAGGCAAGGUCUGGUGGGGUCAGCCAGACCCUCAAUUUCCACGGAGGCACCCAGGCCAUCCAACUCUUCCCCUCCGGCCCGUCACCGGACAAUCUUCUUGGGACCGGGCCACAGGCCCUCCACUUCAACUCCUUUGGAGCUCUCACCCCCCCGCAGCCAACGCCGCCACCGAAGAAGCGUGGCCGCCCAGCUGGCAGCUUAGACAAAGUCAAGCGCAACCCCAAGGGGGCGGGCCUCGCGAAAGAGGCCUCCUACAAGACGAGUGGGCGCCCGAGCAAGGAGCAGAGGGAUGCCCGCAUCGCGCACAUGCGGCUGAAGCAAGAGAUCAAGCAGAUGAAAGAUACAGAGGGACUUGUUCCGUCGCACAAGUAUGUGGAGCUGGCGGAGCUGGCGGAGAAAGCCGGCUUGAAGGAGCAGAAAUAG